UCUCGAUCCGCUAUGCGGGACUACUCGGCGACCCCGAGCCGCGGAGGCGCCUGCAUGCCGUGCUGCCAACUUUGCGUCUUCGCCUUUACCGCAUUCCUCAUCGUUGCGGAGAGGACGGCGGUGAUCUAUUGCUUUGUGUACUAUCUGUGGACGGGUCACAAUUACUGCUAUGCCCAUCUCGCUGGCUUCACUGCACUGUUCCUGCUGCCAGGUUGGGGCCCUCAGUGGCUCAGCUAUCUGUGGUACCUCUCAGAUGGACGCAUCCGCAGGAAGUCUCUCACCUGGACACACAUACUGCACCUGGGUAUCUUCAAAAGGUUGUGGGAGUGCAUGUGUCUGCCAGACGUGCACGUGUACUGUGAGAUCAUGCAGCAGGCCGAUGCGUCGGCCUUACGCCUGUUCGAGGCCUUGGUGGUCACCCUCCCUCAGACGCUGCUGCAGACCUACGUGCUCAUCUGCACCGACAUAGGAAUCAAAUCUCCAGCCUCCGUGUGUUUCGUGGUGUGUUUGUUAUCUCUGUCGUGGGCCUUGGUCCUCUACGCCAGAGCCUGUUUACUCAUCAGACCGGGACACCUCCAAAUGACCCCCGCUGCCAUUCUCUGUCGACUUCUGUGGAGGGUCAGUAUGUUGGGAUCUCGAUGUGCUGUUAUCAUGCUCUUCACGCGUAUCUUCAGACAGUGGAUCCUGGGAGUCAUUGGUGUGCACUGGCUGGGUACUACUUUCUGGAUGGUAACACAGCAGACCGACAUCAUACGUUCUACUAGUCGAUGGAGACUCUUCAAUUUCAUUCUGGGGGCCAUUCACAUCUUCUUUUUCCUCAAUGUGAAGUACGGUCAAUCCAGAUACCGCAUGGCUGGGUUCUACCUGGCCAUGUUCAUAGAAAACGCUUUUCUUCUUCUGGCCUCCUCGUGGUUGUUUACGAUGGUGUCCUGGGACACUGUGGGGAUCCCGGCUGCAGUGUUCUCCAGCUUCCUCAUCGGAGUGAUAGCGUUGGUGCUGUACUAUCGUUUCCUCCACCCAAAGUCCUUUGAGAUUUUUCAGAGUAUUCGCCACCGGGGGAUCGGUGGCGCCUGCACAGAGCGAGGAUCCACUCUGUCACUGGAGGAGAAAGUCACGCCCACUUUCCAUCGCCAUGCAACGCUGUCUGGAGGCGGGACCCUCAUGGAUCUCCCCGUCCAAUGGGAGGGAUGGAAACAUCACCACUGGCUGCUGAUUCGCUUGGCCAUGAAGACGGGGGACGUCACCAGCAUCUGGUCGUCGUAUGGCGAGGGCGGGCUCGCCGGGCUGAUGGGUCUGCCUGAAGAGGUUUACUCCCCUGAUGAACCUCAUGUUCUUCGGGGUCCACUUAUUCAGCCGCACGUUCCCCAGAUCUCACAACCAGCUCCUCAACCAGCUCCCCCACAGGUGACCCAGGCUCCACAGGUCAGAGAGGUGGUGCAGCCUUCAAAGCCAGCCCCCUCCAGUGUGGUAGCCAGACCAGUUAGAAAAGCUCCACCCACAACAAUCCAGGAUUUUAGAUGUUUUCCGGAGAUCAUCCCAAUCCAGGAGGUCAUUCUGGAAGAGAGCGCCGAAGAAAUGUCCAGCGCCCCGCCGUCAGAAAGAGGUGAUGAUGAGUUUCAGAGCGCUGCUUACGGUUCGCCGACGCCUUCAUCUCCACUGCAACACGGCAGCCUCCACCACAUCGACAGCAACGCCGUAUCCCUGGCCUCGUCCUCCGUGGGUUCCCUGGACAUCAAGACUCCCGAAUGGACAUCCGAUCGUCGUUCCCCUCUCCUGAUUGGUUCCCUGGAUAAAAAACCCUCGUUCCCCGGAGAGCUCAGCAACACACUUUACUUCAGCACGGAUGCUCAGUCUCCCUCCAGUGGGAGCUACCUGGGCUGGGGCUCCGAGCUGUCGCCGAUCUCCACCUACAGAAGCCCCUACCGGAUCCGAGAGGCUCUUUUCAUCACAUCCACCCCGCGCCUGGAGCCUCGAGCUCGGGCGGAAAGUCCAGGUCCGUCCCCUGUUGUUAUCACCCCUGCCACUCCUGGUACAACACCAGGCCCCACCCCGGGUGGGACCCCCGGUGCCUCCACCUCUGCUGCUUCUACACCCGGAGCUUCCCUUGCUGAUUCAACUCCCAUCGCAUCAACUCCCGAAACUCCCGGAACUCCCGGUGAUGCAAUUCCUGGUGCUUCUACUUUUGGUGAUAACACACCCGGUACUCCAAUCAUUCCACUCACUCCAGUCCUCUCCCACGCUCGCAAACAGAUGGUCCAGUUUGUGGGCAGUCAGGAGAGGAUGGUAUAAGGAGGCUGGGGUGUAAAGGGGUAGAACAACUGGGUGGGCAGUGAUGUCUUUUUUAGUUUAGAGGUUAGGGAUUUACAUUAAUCAAUGCAUUCACUAAUUUAGGGAUGGCUUGGUGGGGAAAUAAUAGAUCUUUUCAGCUCAGUGCAUUUGAAUUACUAAUAGAAGGAAACACAAUGUAAAUAUAGAUUUUGUUUUUCCCUGACAUUCAGAUACAAGGGUUAAACUAGCAGACGGUUAGGAAGCAUAGGGAGCACCCCUGUUAACCACUGCAGUGACUCAAACCUUCAUCAUUUCUGACCUUACUGUACGAAACGAAACCAUCAGUGAGCCUCAGGUGAGGCUCGUGGUGGACUGGCAUGUACAUCAGCACCAGGGGAACCAAGCAGUCUAAAUUGGGGGACAGGGGGGAUUUUUUUUAAAUUUAUAACCAUUUGAUGAAAAAAAAAAACACAAUACACUAUAGAUAACAAUAUUUAGCGUUAACAAUCAUGUGAAUCAAGGUCAAAGAAUUGUGAAAAUGAAUCGGGUUUUAACCAGUUUACAAACACCUGACUCACUCUCUUGUAACGCCGCUCGACCAUGCCAGACCCGAUGAAACCAAUCAUUUGUUAUGAAAUAUAUAAAUAAUGCAACUUAAUGCAAAUACAAGUAUGCUUCAUCAAUAAGUUAUGAGGCUUGCAAAAGCUUAUUAUUAAUAUUAUUUUUUCUCUAUUAUUUUUUACAAAAUCUAGAGAUAAUGCAGACUAUCCCCUCCAGGUUUCACAUCACAUUACUGACAUACAAAGAAACCUUUUUACAAUCUGUAAAAUACUCAAAUAUGUUAGUUUAUUUUUGAGGAACUAUCACAUAAGCAAAUUACAAAAAGCAAAUGUUGGAGGGAUUAUUAUUUUAUGAAUUAUAUUUGAUAAGUGUAACUACAAUAAUGUCAGUGGGCAGAAAAGGUAAGCUAAAGUGUACCAUGAUAAUCUGUAGACUACUAUGAUUACAACAUGAGAAUACAUCAAGGGAGAUCAGAUUAUGUUUAUAUUGUUACAUGCAUUUUAUUUAAUUCAUCAGAUUUUUUUAUUUUUUUGUGUCUAUUUUAAUGAUCAGAUAUUUUACAUCAAAACAUGUAUUUUAUGUGUUUGUUCUAACUUAUAACUAUGAUAUCUAAAUUAGUAACAAUUUUCUAUUAUUUUAGACAUUUACUCCAUUUGGCCCUUUCCAAGGAUUUGCAUUUUAUAGACCAAAUUAAACUUGUAAUUAGAAGAUGAAAUACAGAAAACAGAGAAAUUGUGCAGGACAUAACUGUGUUUGGUCUCUAACAGAGAGGAGGUAACGUUGAACACCAUGACAUUGAUUUCUUUUUUUUCUUAUUGAUGAAGUGUAAAAAGGAUGACAAAAUAUAAUGAUAGAAGCCAAUGAGCUGCAGUAGCAGCAGCUCUGUGUGCUGUUGAUGGGACAGACCUUUAUGGAAGUUGUCCCAUGGGGUUUUUCUUUUAAGGACUUGUUGUGAUCUAUAUUUGUAUUUCCCCAAAAGUCAUUGUUAAAUUCGUCAUUCCUCUCUGCUACUCUAAUAAUUAGCAUUCAGCAUUAUUUGGCAUACAAUUACUAUUAUUGAAGAGCACACAGCAAGCAAGCAGUUGUUGGCAGAGUUAAAGAUGCACUUGUGAAACACAAUGUCAUCAAAUGUGCAGAAAUUAUGCCUAAAAAAAAAGAAAAGAGUAUUAAUAUCGAGGUCUGUUUUACUUACGUAGAGGAAACAUUAACCGUUCAGUUGUGUGUUGAACAUGAAACGACUUCCUCAGAUGCAGACGAUGCAUCUCUGUCAACAUAAAGGUUGAAAUCUAAUUGGACAUAGUCUUACGUGAAUAGUUAACAACUAAAUAUUUGUGGUACUCUCUUGUACAGCCUGCCAUACUCACAUAUAUACUUCGUCCUUCCGGUUUCAUGAGUUGAACCUCCUACCUCAGAAAACUGAAUAUCCAAGUGACAAAAGUGAUUCUAUUAUCUUUUUAUUUUAUUCCUGAAAACUCUUUUUUUUUUUUUUACUGUAUACAACUUUUGUUCAUACCAGAAGGUGGGAAACCAUAAUCUAAAUAUUGCAUCGAGGUAAAUCCUGGAUAUAAUGUGCUACUAUGAGCCAGUAUUAUAAAAUGAUAUGAAUGUUAUUUAUUUCAUUCAGUAUAAUCUGAUUGUAAUCAUAUAAUUAACAAUACCAGUAUUCCAUCUAUAUUUGUAUCUUUGCUAUGUUAUUUAACUUUCUUUUAUAUGAUUAUAAAGUAUGUUCUGUCUCUGAAACGGCAAGUUAAAUGUUUGAUGAUAAAAACAUGUGCAGCACUUUAGAGAAAAAGCAUGCUCUGUCAAACUGUUAUCCACAUACCUGAUGGAUGACGAGGCACUGCAUGUUACUCCUUCAUCCAGAGAGUUGUACCUAUUCCUUCAGAGAAAGAAACACACACAUACAUUACAAUAGUAAACACACAUGCUAGAAUGUAUGACAACGCAAAAGCAGUAUGCCAGCUAACGAGAUGUAUAUUAGUGCACUAGAAUAUCUCCACACGCUUUAGACUGCAGGCGACGCCUCGGCUCGUCGCCAUGACUCGGCGCUUUGCCCGUAGAGACACUUUCAGCUGCCACGCUUGUAGAAGCUGUGUGUUGCUUUACAUCAAAACAAUAUGCUUUGCUCUUGUGUACCUGAUGUGUAUGAUAAUCUUCACACAGAUUGUGUUUCCACUUCGUCUCAUUUGUUUUUUUUCUUUUUUCUCAUGAAACGUGUGAACCGCCUCGGUGCAGUAUUCAAGGUUUUGUGCGGAAGUUUCAGAGAAAUGACUUUGCUGAUUGAGCGUCACGUCACUCGGUGACCGGACGGCCUCCAUUUAUCAACGUGCAUCGCCUAGUCUCUGCAGGAAUUCACCACAGAGCAGCUGUGGUUGGUGAUGGUGAGCUAAUACUGUGCUAUUGAUGUGACAAAAUAAAAAUCAUUAGUCAUGAUCAGA